UUCCUGCUCCUCCCAGUUCAAAGAUGGCAGCCAUGGGACAGAGACGAGCGACGACACAAAUUUAGGAGUUUUGUCAUGAAACCGUAUUGGGAUGUAAAGCUGUUACAUGCAUGGUUUUGACAUGACAGCGAUAUAAUUUGUCUCUGCCAAUGUGUCACCUUAGGAAGACUUUUAAAGGGUUAAGAAUUAUCAUGUUUUCGUGUGGGCUAAGCUAGCAAGCAACGGUUAGCAAAUAAAUGAACUUGUCUCUUCUGCCACACAAGAAGAAAGCAGUUGCCCUGCAUACGGUCUAUUGACACCUUGCAAGCUCAAUUUCAUCAUGGCCAUCACUCAGUUCCGUCUGUUCAAGAUCUGCACAUGUCUAGCCAGCUUACUGUCCUUCUUUAAGAGGUUGAUAUGCAGGAGUGGAAGGGGCCGCAAACUAAGCGGUGAUCAAAUAACUCUCCCGACAACAGUGGAUUUUUCAUCAUCUGUACCAAAACAGUCUGCACAGCCAGAGAUUGAAGAAUGGAGCUCUUGGGAUGAAGAGGCUCCUACAAGUAUUAAGAUUGAAGGUGGCAACGGGAAUGUUUCCCCUUCACCCAAUGAUGCAGAUGAAGAGCCUGACUACUUCAAAGACAUGGCUCCCACCAUCAGGAAAACCCAGAAGAUUGUGCUGAAGAAAAGGGAGCCGUUGAACUACCUGGUGCCUGACGGCUCAGCAGGAUUCUCCAGCAGGCUGGCAGCCUCUCAGGAUAUGAUGACCUUCACCCAACCCUCAGCUGAACUGGGAGAAAUGGACAACUGGCAGGAGGACACAAAUGCAUGGGAGGACGAGUCUGAUGCUGCCUGGGAGGCAGAGGAGGUGCUCAGACAACAGAAAAUGGCCGAGCGAGAGAAGCGGUCCAUGGAGCAGCAAAGGAAAAAAAUGGAGAAAGAGGCUCAGAGAAUGAUGAAGAAGGAGCAGAAGAUUGCUGUCAAGCUCUCGUAACAUUUUAAAAAUGCUCAGUUUUGAGCCAAAGGGAUCGGGGUAGGGUCAAAGACAUUAGAUCAAUCUUUACUCUAUCUUUAAAGUCAUCAAACCAAUCAGGAUUAUCACCAUACACUAUUUAUCUGUUAGCAAGCUGUCCUUCUUCUCCUUCUGUUUCCACCAGCAGCCAUUUUAGUGUGUUUUCCAUCUGCAACAGUGUGAAAUGCAUCAGUCUUGAGGGCAGAUAAUGCACCAGGGGUAGUUGUACAUGUGACAAGGUCAUUUUGGCCUUCAAGGGAGAGUUGCAUUUAUAUGAUCCAGUUCAUCUUAGGUUAAAGGUUAGAAGCAGCUUUAGUAGGUUUAGAUUCUUAUUCAAUCUGUUAGGUAGUGUAGGAAAAUGUUCUGUUUUGGUUUUUCCCAGGAUUAUUUGUAAAUAAAAUGGUACCUGUGCUACCUUUUGAAACUCAGAUAGGCAGUACAAUUCCUUUUCUUUGUCUUUUUAUGACCUCAAAGGCAAAGGUGUGUAAUUUAUUUUAUGCAAUCACUGUAUACCAGUGACAUCCCUCGGUUUGCUUAAUUAUUGUGUUUUUAUAUUUAUGUCUGUCACUGUCUGAGAACUGAUUUUUUUUUUUCUAAUGAAUGUUGCUUGAUAUUUUACAGUAUCACCCUGUGCUGUAUAGCCCUAAUUAUUACACUGGAAAUCUGCAUUAAAAUGAAGACUGGAGAUUUUCAA